AUGUCACCGCGGAAGCACGCCCAGUGUUUCCAGCUGAACGCUGAAGUUGAAGACGUACAAAAGUGCAUCAAGCUCGGACAUCACACGUUCAUUGUGUUGAGAGGAGUCAGUGGAUCAGGAAAAAGUAGUUUUGCUCAGUAAGCUGGACCAUGUCUAUGCAACAAAAUGCUCAAUUUCCAGGCGAUUAAUCGUGCUCUCGCAGAAAUUCAUUAUUCACUCUUCGGAUAAAUGUAACGCACAGAAACUCACAAAGUUGGGUUAGUUCUUGAAAUUAUUUUCAAAAAAAAAAAGCAUCGACGACUUUUUUAUACUUUCAGUUCGUGAAUCUCUAGAAAGUUACAUAAAUUUGAUCAUUGUCGACGACGAAAACUACGAAAGAUCGACGGUAAAAAAACUGGCAGAUAUGGCGAUCAGUCAUACGUACGAGUGUUAUGUGCUCGAGCCUCCAUCCGAACACAAAUACUCGGCCGAAGAAUGUUCAAGGUGCGUUAACAAUUUUCAAAUAGUACAGAGACAGACUGUUCAGGAAUAGUCUACGUGGAGAAUCUGUAGAAGUGAUUCAGGCAAAGAUUCACGAAAUUCAAAAAACUCCCAUCAGUUGGGAACAUUUAAUACAGGGAGGCGAGAAAAAUGUGGAGUGAGUAACAAUUGAAAAACAGUUGAAAACAAGAAUCGAGGCACUUUUUCAUGUCUAAAACAAAACCAUUUGUGAUGGAGAAAUUAGAGAAAUGAUUACGUGAUUUUUUAACGGCUGAAAAUCUAACAAGCGAUGAAUCUGUAACGGACUUAUCCGUUACCGAGAAGUUCGGCCCGCGCGGCGGGCCCAAUAUCUAAAAAGUAAUGUGAUCAAAUGUUUGCUUAAAGAAUCUCCCCGUUUCAUGACGACGACGACGACGACAGAGAUGAUCAUGAUCAUUAUAAUGACGGCGCCAUUCCGAAUUCACUUAUUUCGUCGGUCUACAACAACAGCCGAAAUUCAAUAGAAACUCCCUCUAGCUCAUCGACCAAUUCCAUCAAUCAAUUCUUCUCGAUGUUGCCUCAGAUGAAGACCAAAGCGACAAGAACCGUUGGAACCUGUGUGACCGUCAAUGAUCGUAAGUUUUCUAAAAAAGAACUUCGGGUUAAUAUUUAAUUUUUCAGUAGUGCAAGGAUUAGCCGGCGUUGAAGUAGGCACGGGGAAACUGGAGGUUGGAGAAGAAACAGUGUCUCCAUACGUAGAAAAGUCUGGAAUUCGAAUGGUGACGCGUUGUGAGCAAGCGCCAGUUCCGGAGAAAACGAGAAAUGGCGAAGUCAUCGUACAGCCAUUGGUUAGAGGGAAUUUCUCGGACAUCGCAAUAGUAAUGCUCCAUGCUUCAUUCCCAGACACCAACCUUUCUGUCGUCCAUCAUCUUCUCCAGUUGGACGGAUUCGCGAGUGCUUACCAGCAACUACAGAUUCUGGGCCAUACUCAAGCGGAAGUGACUGAGCUUAUCGACGAUGGAAUACAAUAUGAAUUUAUUUGUGACGAGGAGAGCAUGUCGCUAUCGAAUUUGUCAGCUAAGGAAGAGUUGGAUAAUAGGAGAGUUGAAAGAUUGACUCUGAGGCUAUAUGAAAACGGUGAGUUUCUAACAGCUCAAGAAACCAUAUCAAUUUUAUGGAGAAAGUUUAAUAUUUUCAGCUUAUUUGAAAGAAACUGCGAACGACGAGGAAAUUGCUCGGUCAAUACAAACCGAAUUUAAUAAAGAAUAUGAGGACAGCCAGCAGGGCGUGAGCAUAGCGGGAAUUAAUAAACUUCGAGCCAUGUUCCCCCGCACCGAAAUCGGCGAGAUCUUUGGUGCUAUCGAAGCGGCCAGCCACAACUUCGAUACAGCAGUGCGUAUCCUUUUAAGCGAGGGAAAGUAUUUGCAGCAAUCUGUUCAAAAUGCCGAACGUUCGUGGAAGGGAAAACUAAUGUCGUCAUUCAAAUUGCAAGCAGUGCCGGAUCUUCACGCGAAACAAACAGAGAAAGAGAAGAAAAAUCACUUCCUGAAGUCAAAAAGUAGCAGUGCGAACCUCGAAAAUGUGCAAGCCGUUGUGAUUGAGGAAAGAAAACGCCUGGAAGCGGAAAGGCAAUCGCGAAUGAGCUCGAGUGGGACUGGAAAAUACAAAGAAACAGCGAAAGCCGCAGAGAUGUGUCGGAUGCGAGAAACAACCGCAACGAGGCUCCAUAACAUUGACAAAAUGCUCCGGGAUGCGCACAGAAAUCCAUGGAAUCUUGACCUUCACUACAUGUCUGUGGACGGCGCCAAGGAUCUGGUGGCGCAGGCCAUCGAGGCCGUCAAAUUCCAUUUAAGAACCAGUGAGUGAAAAAUUGGCCCCAAGAAAUGAAUUUUUUCUUUUACAGACAAAAAAACGUCAAACCGAAUUCUUGUGGUAACAGGCUCUGGAAACAAUUCGAGAUUCGGAGCUCGCAUCAAGCCGGAAGUGGCCUCGAUGCUAUGGACGGAGGGAAUCGGAUUCGAGGCAAUCAACGACGGAUGCAUUAUGAUUGUGAUCAAGCUUUAG